UGCUCCCCAGCAAAACAGAUGUAAUGUCAGUCGAUGACAUAAUGUCAUAUAGAUAGCUAGUGAAUCAUGCAAACUGAUUUCUGAUUUCUGAUUCUGUGAUUUUUUGAGGCCAUGCUGAUAAGCACAGCAUUCAAUUAGGCUAAAAAGAAAUGCAUGUUCGGGCCAAAGUGUGUUUUGGCCAUAAAAUCGAGGCAAUCGCUGCAAGCGGAGCUCAGUUAGCGUAACAGACUUGAGAUCGAUCGAUCAAUCAAACGAGAUGCAUAGAACGCGCCUAUAUAGUAUCGCCGUCGUGGUCCUCACCUGCCUGGGCUGUGUGUGGGGCGACGUCUUUGAGGAGUGUGCCGAUUCGGAGCCGGAGAGCUUCGUUGCCAGCUGGCAGAACUGUCAGUCGUAUGUCUACUGCAAUGGCGACGAUUCCAUCUUGGGUGAGUGCGAGGACGGGCAGUACUUUGAUCCGGAGUCGGGCACCUGUGACGAUGCGGAGAAUGUCAAGUGUUUUCUGGACGAAGUGGAUGAGCCCUCCACGGAGGAGGGGGAGGAGACCGAUGAGCCGGAAACACCGGCCGUCGAUCUAGAUCCCACGCCGCCCACCAUGGAGACGCCCACACAGGUGGAUGUGGUGCAGGCGGCGCCCGUCGUCAAGCCGAGCUGCCCGAUCACCGACGAUCCCACCCAGGUGAUCUUCAUGCCCAACAACGACUCCUGCACGGACUACUACCUCUGCUACCACGGCCACGCCAUGCAGAUGCAGUGCACCAACCAGCUGCACUUCAACGCCAAGACGGGACAGUGCGAUCUGCCCGAGAACGCCCACUGUGCUCUGGACCAGUUCGCCACCCACAAGUGCCUGCCGCACAUGACGGACUUCUUUCCGCAUCCGGACAAGUGCAGCUACUUCUACUACUGCAUCAAGGGCUUCCUGACGCUGCAGCAGUGCCCCUUCUACUACGGCUGGGACAUUGAGCGGCGCAGCUGCGUCCAGUUGAACGUGGCCAAGUGCUAUGGCAAUGCCAGGCGUGCGUACGUUUGGCUCAGCGCAGCCGAUGAUUUUCCGGAAUGCAAUGGCAUCGGGGCCGGCACCUACAUCAACAAUCCGCGACCCAACUGCAAUCACAGCCUGAUCUACUGCGACGAGGACAGCUCCCAGUUCUGCGACAGAGAGGAUUUGUGCGACCUGAGCUACACCUGCGAUGGGAAUGAAGCGAGCAUUGAGUACGCUGAUAACAACAGUAGCAGCAGCAGCAGCAGCAGCAGCAGCACUACCAGCACCACGAGCAGCACUACCAGCACUACCACAACUGCAGCACCGGGCACCGAUGUGCGCAGGCUGUGCCGGCGAGGUGUGACGCAGAAGUACGUGUAUCCGGGCAAUUGCAAUUACUACUACUACUGCGUGGAUGGCUAUCUGGUCGUGGAGCAGUGCCCCAUUGGCUAUGCCUACAGCGAGCAGCUCGGCACGUGCAGCGGACGCAUUGCGGAUCAGCUGCCGCGAACAUGUUUCAAUUAAGACUCUCACUCUCACUUGUUACC